AUCCAAGACCACAAAUCAUGAUCAAAUCGUGGGCAACCGCAGCUCUGACUUUGGCUCUUCUCAAAGGCGAACAUCUCGUUAUAGCCGAUGAAUGGGAUGCCCAGGUGGACGCUAUCAUGAUAAACUUCACCAACGUCGACCUCGUGGGUCAGAUGACUCAAAUUGCCUCAUCAACGCGACCUACCAGCUCAACGAAGACGCUGUCCGGGAGUACGCUAAAGCCCACGUCGGCUCGUAUUUUGAGACUCCAAUGACAAUCCGUGGUGAGAUCAAUGGCUCCUGGGGCUGGACUACGACACAAAUGCGAGAAUUCGUCGGCGGGAUCCAGAGAAUUGCCAUGGAAGAGAACGGGGGACACCCCAUGAUAUACGGCACGGACGCCGUCCACGGGAAUGCUCUACUGCUCGACACGGUCUUCUUCGGACAGCAGAUCAACGGUGCGGCGUCUUUCAACACCGAAUUGGUCUACGAGCAAGGUCGUAUCACUGCUCGUGACACCCUCGCUGCAGGGAUCCCCUGGGUCUUCGGUCCAGUGCUCGAUAUCGCGCACAAUCCGCUCUGGCCGCGCACGUACGAAACGUUCGGUGAAGACCCACAUCUCGCUGCAGUUAUGGGCGACGCUACUAUCCGCGGUAUGCAGAGUAACAACCAGACUGCUGCGUGUAUGAAACAUUGGAUCGGGUAUUCGUGGAACCCCACGGGCCAUGAUAAGGACGGCGUCACUAUCUCCGAUUUCGAUCUACUCAACACGUUCGGACCGUCGUUCAAAGCAGGAAUCGAUGCUGGAGUCUUGACCGGCAUGCAGAACUAUAUCUCUGUGAAUGGAGUCCCUACUGUUGAGAGUACUAGGCUGCUUAAAACACUGCUGCGUAACGAUUUCGAAUUCGACGGUAUGAUGGUGACGGACUAUGGAGAGAUCGACGCUCUCGAAGAUUUCCACCGCGUGGCACGAACGACAGCUGAGGCAACCAAGUUCACGCUUGAACGUACGUCUAUCGACAUGAGUAUGGUCGGAGUUGGGACCACCUUUACGAACGGAACGUACGCGUUGAUCGGGGAGGAGCCGACUAUACUCGACCGGUUGAAAGACUCUGUUCGUCGUAUUAUCAAGCUGAAACUCCAGCUUGGUCUGUACGACAACCCACUGCCGGGUGAGGAGAACCUCGCGUUGGUCGGUAACGACAACGACGUCGCUGCUGCUUUAAAUCUGGCUCGUGAAUCCGCAGUGCUUCUUCAGAAUGACGACAAUGUACUGCCUAUCAAGAAGGACGCAUUGGUGUUCUUAACAGGUCACAGCGCUGAUAACGUCGGCUACCAAUGUGGAGGAUGGACCAUUCAGGUCCUAGGCGUGUCAGGAAACGACAUGUUCUCGCACGGUUCUUCAGUCAAGCAAGGCAUUGAGGAGAUCGUGGGGAAUGAUUCGUUCAGCUACUUCAACGGUUUGAACGUCAACGGCAGCUACUCUGACAACGACUUGAACACUGCGAAGAAACUCGCUAGUGAGGCUGAGUACACCGUUGUUGUGAUCGGUGAGGAACCGUACGAAGAGAAGACGGGGGACAUCGAUGAUCUCACGUUGCCCGUCGGACAAAUCCAGUACGUUAAGGAGCUCGCUUCCAUCGGAACGAAAGUCAUCGUCGUACUCUUCGAGGGGCGACCACGUCUGCUUGGUGAUCUCCCUGAACAUGUUUAUGCCGUUAUCAACGGAUUCCUCCCGUGUGAACUCGGUGGUAAAGCUAUUGCGGAAAUUAUCUACGGUGAUGUGAAUCCAAGUGGACGUCUGCCUAUUACGUACCCGAAGCACUCGGGCAACGUCAUGAUCCCAUACCGCCACCGUGUCAGCACCCAGUGCGCUACUGGUGACUACUGCGAGCCGCAGUGGACUUUUGGCCAUGGUCUCAGUUACACGAACUUCACCUACUCGGACAUGAGUAUCAGCACCAGCAACGUCACCUCCAGCUCCGACUCCGUCAACGUGUCCGUGACGGUGACCAACUCUGGUAGUGUGGCCGGUAAGGAGACGGUGAUGCUGUUCCUCACACAGCCGUACCGAUCCAUUUCGGUACCGGAGGUGAAGCAGCUCAAGAAGUUCUCGAAGAUCAGUCUGGACGCGGGUGCUUCGCAGACGGUGACGUUCGAGCUGACUGCGGCGGACUGGAGCGUGUACUACCCCCAGAUCGGCCAGGGUCUGAAGAUUGUUGCCGAGGAUGCGGACUAUGUGGUUGCGAUCAAGCCUGAAACGGACUGCGACGUGUACAACGAGACUGCUGCUGCGAACCCUCUAUGCGCGACGUUCACGUUGUCCACGGGCGAGUAUCCGUUUGGUUCGCUGAUUGCAGAGUAAGGUCAUAACUGCACUUGGUAAAGUUCGAACGACUUUACUUUUCAGCUUGAAUUUUGACAGCAAAUUCGCUAAAAGAAAAUCUAUUGGAUCCCAG